AUGCUCCACUUUUUCAUUCGUAGAGGAUACUCUCUCAUGCAAGGGUCUAACACUACCACUUCCAAGCCAAUAAGUUUUUUUCUUGCGCCGUUUUCUCUUUCAUCCAACUUUACAAUCUCCUCCGCUGUCAGGAAAGCACAUUUGAUUUCGUUCACCGGCAUCGACAAACGAUUACUGUUUACAUUCACGUCUGAAAAGAAAAGUCUUUUGCGCAUAAGAAACUUCAUAUCACCACCACCCAUCUCAGUCACUCGGUUUAUGAGUUCAAUCGACAAAUCUUGUGGUGCUGGUGGUUGUUGUGGUGGCUGCAGUGGUUGUGGGGGUAAUAGUAGUGGUUCAGGUGGUUGUGGUGGUGAUGAUGGUUGUGGUCGUGUUGGUGGUAAUGAUGGUUGUGGUGGUGCUGAUGGUAAUAGUAGUGGUUGA